GCGCGGUUAAGGGUUCACUACAUAGCAAAGCCGAGGCACGUGAUCCGGUUGAAUAAAGCGCCGCAGAAACCCGCGUGGCGUCCCGCCUCCCGCACCGGGCGCAGGGCCCUGGAAGGGGCUCAUUGGCUUCGAAGCUUCUGAGGCCUCCACUUGCUCCGCCACUUGGGACCCGCCUCCCCACCCCACACCCCCAUUCACCAUUGUAUAAACGUCUAGGGCCAGCAAGCCUGCAUCGCCCUCAGGCGCCGGGAUCAGCUGACACUCUCUCCCGGUCUGACCGCUAGUACUACCUUCGGUUACAUAGUUUAAAGCUGCGUGGUCAAGCAGUUCGUAGUGGCUCCCAGCGCAAGGUGUUUGAAAACUGAAAGCAGCCAUCACUCUCUCUGAAGGUGCUCAGAGCCAACCAGCCUCCCGAGGGGUCCUCCCCUUCACCUGUCCAGAACCUCCAAGACAGGAGUCAUGUGGCUAGAGAUUCUCCUUGCCUCUGUGCUGGGCUUUGUCAUCUACUGGUUUGUCUCCCGGGAUGAGGAAGAAACCUUGCCCCUUGAAUAUGGGUGGUGGGGGCCGGGAACGAGGCCCACCACUGAGGAGGAUGCGAGUAUCCGCCCCUUCAGGGUGGAAACAUCCGACGAGGAGAUCAACGACUUACACUGGAGGAUCGAUAAGACCCGUUUAGCCGCACCUUUGGAGGACAGCUGUUUCCACUACGGUUUCAACUCCAACUAUCUGAAGAAGAUCCUCUCCUACUGGAGGAAUGAAUUUGACUGGAAGAAACAGGUGGAGAUUCUCAACAAAUACCCUCACUUCAAGACGAAGAUUGAAGGCCUGGACAUCCACUUCAUCCAUGUGAAGCCCACACAGCUGCCCGCAGGCCGCUCCGCGAAGCCCUUGCUGAUGGUUCAUGGCUGGCCUGGCUCCUUCUAUGAGUUUUAUAAAAUCAUCCCUCUCCUGACUGACCCCAAGAGCCACGGCCUGAGCGACGAGCAUGUUUUUGAAGUCAUCUGCCCAUCCAUUCCAGGCUACGGCUUCUCAGAGGCAUCCUCCAAGAAGGGCUUGAAUUCAGUGGCUACCGCCAGGAUCUUUUACAAGCUGAUGCAGCGGCUGAACUUCCAGGAGUUCUAUGUGCAAGGUGGAGACUGGGGCUCCCUGAUCUGCACCAAUAUGGCCCAGAUGGUGCCUAGGCACGUGAAAGGCCUGCAUUUGAACAUGGCUUUGGUUAUGAGAAAUUUCUUCACCCUGAGCCUUCUGCUGGGGCGGCGUUUCGGGAGGCUUUUUGGCUACACUGAGAGGGACAUGGAGCUGCUGUACCCCUUUAAGGAGAAGAUCUUCUACACUGUGAUGAGGGAGAGUGGUUACCUGCACAUCCAGGCCACCAAGCCGGACACUGUGGGCUGUGCUCUGAAUGACUCCCCUGUGGGGCUGGCUGCCUAUAUUCUGGAGAAGUUCUCCACCUGGACCAAUUCGGAAUUCCGGAACCUGGAAGAUGGAGGCUUGGAGAGGAAGUUCUCCCUGGAUGACCUGCUGACCAACAUCAUGCUCUACUGGACAACUGGGACCAUAGUCUCCUCCCAGCGCUACUACAAGGAGAACCUGGGGAAGGGUUUGAACGUCCACAGGCAUGAGAGGAUGAAGGUCCACGUGCCCACCGGCUUUGCCGCCUUCCCUGACGAGCUAAUCCACGUCCCGGAAAAGCUGGUGAGGUUCAAGUACCCAAAACUGCUCUCCUAUUCCUACAUGCCCCGCGGGGGCCACUUCGCUGCCUUUGAGGAGCCAGAGCUGCUCGCCAAGGACAUCCGCAAAUUCGUGGAGCAGGUGGAGCGGCAGUGACGCCCGCGGGGACUGGCAGUCGCCCCCGAGGCAGCCCCGGCCCUCGCUGCCACCCUGCCCUUUGGCACCGAAGCCCCAGCCUCCUGGCGCCAGCUCUCCUCGGAGCAGCCCCCGUCCUCCCUGGGCCCCGGGGAGUGGGGCUGGCAGGGAGUAGUGGCCUCCUUUUCUUGGCAAAGAUGCCCCUUUCCUGAGGAUUGAAUUUGUGUCCUUCCCCGCCCACGCUGGGACCCCAAGCUCAGCUCCAUGCCCCCCACCCCCACGUGGGAGAAAACGUGGCUUUGAUAAUAAACGAUUUUACGUCUGAGUAACACGCGAGUCCCUGACCCCAGAGCAGGUUCCGCUUCCAGCGCGGGGACGGCAGCUCUGCAGCCUGUGUUGGGGAGGGGGUCCCACCGGGCCCUCUGCCGCCCCUCCUCCUGGGAAGGGAAAGAGAGGCCGCUAACCGAGCCCACGCUGCGCGGGAACCCCGGUGCAGGAGGCUGGGC